CUACCCAGCUCUGAAAGUCCCUGAGGAAGAAGGGGAGAAAGAGAUACACGUUGUUUGAUCCGCUGCAGUUACACUGAUCCACCCCAGUGAGUGAGAACAGGGGGAGAGGAGCAGAUACACAACGAUAGAGCCCCAGACUUGUGUGAGGAGCCUGAGCAACCUGGGCACCUUAGUAAACCGUUUUGGAGUUGGCAGGGGAGAGGCUUUGUGUUGUGUCAGCGGUACAAACUACUUCUGCUUCAUGGCAAUAACUCUCUAGUACACAGCAGCACCUCUAGGACAGAGAUAUGGAGGUUGUGGAUGAGACAGAGGCUUUGCAACGCUUUUUUGAAGGUCAUGAUAUAAAUGGUGCUCUGGAACCAACAAACAUAGACACCAGCAUCCUAGAGGAAUAUAUCAGCAAAGAAGAUUCCAGUGAAAUCUGUUUCCCGGAUAUUUCGGCCUCCUCCAGUUAUGCAAACGCACAACCCUGCGGCUCUGCCGGAGUUCAUAUGCCAGGUGUUAUUGCAAAUGUGGGUCAGCAGAUGACAGGACGACCCGGUCUGGGAGCACUGUACCCACCUCAUAUCAACUGCAAUAAUAACAAUACCUUGCUCAACCCCAAAGGAUAUCCAGGUCACAUGUGCAUGAAUGGUUCAGGACUCGCCAUCAAGGCAGAGCCAAAAAACAGCUACGCAGCCGGCACUUUACCUGACUCUCCUCCGGACUCUGGAUCAGAAGCAUACUCCCCCCAGCAGCUAAAUGAUCCUCAUCUUCUUCGCACUAUGACCCCUGAAAAUAUGUGUCACAUGACUUCACACUCCCGUCUAGAGCACCCAUCCCACCUGCAUGGCCCGCCUCCUCCCCACCCCGCUCACCAACAGCACUACCCAAGCAUGCAGCGGGACCUGUACCUGAAGGUGGAGUCUUUGAUUCCUCCUUACACCCAACUUGGACCUGGAAUGGCCCCAACAGAUCUGCAUCAUCCUCAGCAGUCUCAGAUGCUUCAUCAGCUCCUGCAGCAGCAACAUGGUGCAGAGAUCCCGGUGCAUCCUGCAAAGAAGAGGAAACACUCAGACUCUCCAACCAACACCUUGAGGGAGCAGAUACACAAUGGAGGCAUGGUGAAACAGGAGCCGGGCCUUAUACAGGACACAGAGAGUCUGAAUGGCUCCUACCUGGACCCUAAUUACCAGUCUAUAAAAUGGCAACCGCAUCAGCAGAACAAGUGGGUGCCGCUGUAUGACGCCAACUACAAGGAACUCCCAAUGCCUACGUACAAGGUCGACGCAGAUAAGGGGUUCAACUUCUCAGUUGGAGACGAUUCCUUUGUGUGUCAGAAGAAGAACCAUUUCCAGGUCACAGUGUAUAUUGGCAUGAUAGGCGAGCCAAAGUAUGUUAAGACCCCAGAAGGCAUCCUACCAUUGGAGUGCUUCUACCUAAAGCUAAACGGAGUGAAACUGGAGGCGAUUAAUCAGAGCAUUAACAUUGAGCAGUCACAGUCCGACCGCAGUAAACGGCCCUUUCAUCCUGUCACGCUGUCUGUUCCCUCAGAUCAAGUGACUAAAGUGACAGUUGGGCGAUUACAUUUCAGUGAAACUACAGCAAAUAACAUGAGAAAAAAAGGAAAACCGAAUCCAGACCAGAGGUAUUUCCUUCUAGUGGUGGCUCUUCAGGUCCAGGCGCAGAAUCAGACAUACCUGGUGGCGGCACAGUCAUCCGAACGCAUCAUUGUCAGGGCCUCUAAUCCAGGUCAGUUUGAGAGUGAUAGUGAGGUCCUCUGGCAGCGUGGGCAGCUCCCAGACACAGUCUUUCAUCAUGGACGCAUUGGAAUCAAUACAGAACGACCGGACGAAGCCCUCGUGGUACAUGGAAAUGUCAAGAUCAUGGGCUCACUCAUGCACCCAUCAGAUAUAAGAGCGAAGGAGAGCAUUGAGGAGGUGGACACCACUGAGCAUUUGAAGCGGAUCUCUCAGAUGCGUCUGGUUCAUUAUCAUUACAAGCCUGAGUUUGCCAGUACUGUGGGGCUCGAUAACACAGAAGAGACAGGGGUUAUCGCUCAAGAAGUGCAGGAGAUACUCCCUGAGGCAGUCAAAGAAAGUGGAGACGUGGUGUGCGCCAAUGGCGAAACCAUAGAAAAUUUCCUUGUAGUAAAUAAGGAACGAAUUUUCAUGGAGAACGUUGGUGCCGUAAAGGAGCUAUGCAAGCUGACCGACAACCUAGAGACUCGUAUUGGUGAACUUGAGAGAUGGAGCCGUAAACUAGCUAAGCUCAGGAGGUUAGACAGCAUGAAGAGCACCAACAGUCACACAGGAAGUCAGUUCAGUCGUGCAGGCAGUGUCCCUUACAAACAACGUCCCCCUAAAGCCAUAGGCAAGGCUGUCCCAACUCAAGCUGAUCAAAGCUGUGUCAGUCAGCGUUUUCUUCAAGCCACUAUUAUUGCCCUGGUCAUUAUGAUGACUUUCAGUGUUAUCUCCAUGACUACCUUGUAUGUACUGAACUUGCGGAAUGAGGACGAUUUGCUGGAUAUGGACGAAUCUAGUCAAAACUUUGACACCACUCAACUAAGACGCUCCACCACCUCUCCACCUGAUAUUACGGGCAGCCCAGGUUUGCUGCAUGUUACUAAUCCCUCCAUCUCUAUAAAUCUCUGCAUUAAUCCUCCGUGUGCCCCUGCCUGCUGCCUUCACCAUCAAGGUUCCACGUCUCCCAGUAUCACGUCUGAUGUACCUGCCUCUCCCGUAGACACCAGCUCAGCAGCAGGAUUCGCUACAUCAGUGAGGAUCAGGAAGGGAAAAUCUCGUGUCUUGGACAAGAAUCGUAAGAACCAGCUUUUCCCGUCACUCCCAAUCAGUCCUCAGCCGCCAUAUACCCAGAGCAAAACCAAACAGAGUCCCAACAGCUUGCCUGGGCAGGAGCACCGCAAGAGGAGAAGCCUGGGGGGCGAAAUCAAAUGGAACAACACUGAUGCCACUGCGCAAGGGAACGGUAUUACCUCUCCUAUCACUUCUAUUCGGCUUCUAGAAACGGACACUAUUAUCACAGAACAAUCUUGUAUCUCCCACGACAGAUGUAGGCCAGGGAAUUACACGUUCUUACUUCCUCUGAGCAAGUACAGCCCCCUAACCGGAAACCUGACGCUGGAAUUCAACUCCACAGAUGAUGUGUCAGUCAACUUCUGCGAGACAUCCACAGGAGAGGCCUGUCAGAAUUCAGACGCUGCAAUCACUUCCAGAGAGCUGAUAUGUCCACAGGAAUCUGGAGUGUGUGAAACGCAGAUGACACCCACUUCUCACCUUUGGAGACUACAACUGCUUCCCUUGCAACAGUUCACUUUUCAUCUGCGAGUGGCUCCUUUGGGUACAACACAAUGCUAUGAUCUAUCACUGGCUUCUUCGCAAGUUACAGACUAUUAUUUCCAGUUUUACCGGCUCUGUGAUUGAUUCUCUGGGAAAACUAUCAAGAAAUCUUGAAAAUUAACACCCUAACCCCAAAAUGGAUACAGAAGUUGUGUAUGUUCAUGUCCCACUGGACUGUGGACAGCUAUGGGGUCAAGUCAUUAUUUACUGGAUGUGUAACACUGGACCAGUCUGAUCAACACUGGAAUUUACUGGGCUCCUACUGGAAUCAAACGGUACACACUGGAACACUGAGGAGACGCCCUCAACGACACACCAAUUAGACAAGAGAAAGUCUUCCCUAAGCCAAUAAAUGGGAAGGAACGUCUAAGGUUGAAAGCAGCUUUAGCCUAUUCCAGCAAUUUUAUGUAUAUUUAAUACUGCGAUUCUGUUACAUUCCUCCCUCUCAUACAAGUUUGCAAGUCAACAUACAUCCCCCAUCAAUGUCCCUAACGCCCUGCAGAAGAGAUAAGACAAUGUGAGAGACUAAAGAAGCCAUUAUGAGUUACUGAAAUGAAUGGACAAGUGUUUUAUUGUAUUUUGUUCGAUUUUUUUUUUCUGUGUUUGUAUUUAAUUCUUUAACCACUUAAGUGCACUUAAUGUUACCACAGCAAUACUGAUGCCAUCCUCCCCUUGCCAACGUGAAGGUUUCCAGUAUGUGCAGGGGAUGAGGCAGCGCACCAAAGACUCUGAGAGCAUUCGCGUGCAAAGCCGUAUGGGCAGACAUUGUUCUGGAAUACUUUAUGGAAGACCCAAAAACUGGACUUGUCAGAAGGAUCAUUCUUUCUUCUGGUUUUUUAUUUGUUUAAAUAUUGUGACCCUGUAAAUAGUUUUCUUACGUUUAAUUAAAGACACUAAUUGCAUGGAUAGUGGUGUCGACUGACAUUGCUGCAGGUUUUAACCCAUGUAUUGCUGGUGGAUCCAAUAGUUUGGUCACUGGCUCUUCCAGCAGUGAAUGGGUUAAGCAACCUGUAAUCUGCAAGGAUAAGCAUUUCUAAUAUUCUUCUGAUUUAUAUUUAUAUUUCUUUUGCUACUUUAUUUUCCUCUAUGGGACUGGAUAAUCCGGUUUGCAUUUGAAAUAUCCAUGUACAAAUAUAUAUAUAUAAAUAUUUGUUACCGUUA